AUGGACUAUGUUGAUGAGGCCAUUGAGCUUGCCUCCAAAAAUGCCGCUGCACUAUUGGGCGGCAGCUUUUCAUGGAAAGUUGCUGAUUUCCUCACGUUUUCGUGCGACUCUACAUAUUCGCUAAUCUUCGACAAAGGGACCUUUGAUGCAAUCACGCUCGGCGCCUGUGCGCAGAGGCCCCUUGACGACCUCGUCCAUCAAUACAGGGCAAGUUUGCGCCAGCUGGCACUGCCGGCAACUACGAUAUUUAUAAUUGUCUCCUGCAAUUGGACCAUUGAGGAGCUAGAUCGGUGGUUUGGUGCCGGUAUGCUAUAUUGCUCCCAUGGCUAA